AUGAAAUAUAAUAUAAUGAGCUCUAAAGAGGAAUUUUUAUCCAAAAAUGAACGGACCAAGUGUUGGUCGUCUCGUGAUCAUUUCUGGGAAUGUUUGCGUUCCAACAAUGAUAAAGCAGACAAAUGUACAGAUCUCAGACUAAUCUAUGAAUCAUCUUGUCCAGUCCAAUGGGUAAAACACUUUGAUAGAAAAUAUAACUAUUUGAAGUUUAAAGAAAAAAUGGAAAAAGAUGGUUAUGAACCUUUGAACGAAAAAUGA